AGACGGAGUUAAUCCAGGCUGUAGCUAUGGGGUGCUAGUUAGCUGCUAGCAAAACAUCGACCAUUCUUUAUACCUAGAAUAAGCUCAAAAUAACUCCGUGUUUUGAUUGUAGAAUAUGAAUACCCAUAUUAUUACUCCUGGACCUUAUCGAGCUACAAAAUUGUGGAAUGAGGUGACACGCUUGUUCCGGGCUGGCAUGCCCCUCAGGAAGCACCGGCAGAACUUUAGGCAUCAUGCUUCCUGCUUCACUGCCUCUGCUGCAGUGGACUGGCUGCACCAGCUGCUCCAGAGUAACAGCAACUUCGGCCCUGAUGUCACCAGGCAGCAAACUGUUCAGCUCUUAAAGAAAUUUUUAAAGAACCAUGUGAUUGAAGACGUGAAGGGUCGCUGGGGGACUGAGGACCUGGAGGACAACCAUGUGCUGUACAGAUUCCCGUCUACUUCUCCUCUGAAACCCAUUCCAUGUCCAGCGCCGAGAUCAGGUUCGAGGUCCAUAAGGAAAAGACCGUCACUUAGAGACCGGGAAGGUUUCUUCAAGUUUAGGAACAUCAAGAAGCAGGAGAAGGAGUCCAUGGAAAAUGUGGAUCCUGCUCUUCAAACACCGCAAGAUGAAUUGAAUAAGCCAGCAGAUGAGCAGCAGCGACCGAGACGAGAGCUGACUGUGGAGGACGAACAGGAAAUCUGGAGAGACAUUACUCUGACUCACCUCCAAAGAAUUCUAAGUGCUGCUCCUCUUGAUGAGGUUUUAGACCAGCGCUGCAUAAAUCCUCAGAACAUCAUCCAUAAUAUGACCAAAGUCAACAAACAUGGAGUUGUCACUCUAGACGACAAGACUAGUGACCUUCCACAUUGGGUUUUGUCCGCCAUGAAGAGCCUGGCUAACUGGCCAAAAUAUGACAGCGACCAGCCCUCAUACCCCGGUUUUGAAAGAGACGUCUUUAAAACGGUGUCUGACUACUUUUACAGCCUUCCUCAGCCGUUGCUCACAUUCGAACUGUACGAGCUCUUCAUCAACGUCCUGGCGUUUUCUGGAUAUGUCACAGUACCUGGCACCCUCCAACUUGGAAAGCGCAAGAGCUCAGACCUUCCCUCCGUCCCUCCACCUGCCAAGACGUCCUUUCGCUCCACAGAAUGUCUUCUUCUGUCGCUGCUCAGGCAGGGCUCCUGCGACGAGGCGGAUUCCCCCAUGAGGGACGUUCUCAGCGGGAAGCUUCAGUCACGCGUCGCGGUAUUAAAGGAAGGGGAACCUGCUGCAGGUGACAGUCAGCUGGGAGACGGCUCCACAGGUCUGAAUGCAGUCAUUUCCACCAGAACUCGUAUGAGGAGCUGUUCCCUGGAAACUAUCCUGGAUCGCUCUCCUCCCCUCAGCAGGCAGCAGCUGUUUAUGUCCAGGGACAGCCUCCCGGCUAGCUCCUGUUGCAACGAAAGCCAGGAGGAAAGCCCUGUUUUUUCUACUCGGGAAAGCUGCUUAAACUCUACAUUUGCGUUCAAAUCAAACUUUAGUUAUCAUGAAAAUGCUCCAGGAGUUAUAACCAGAAGAAAACUGUCUAUGGCUUCCAGAGCUAGACAAUCCGAUGCACAAAAGUCGUCUUCCCUGCGGCCACGCAGUGUGGGCAGCUGUCUGGACAUUGUCAAGGAGACCAAAGAAGAACGUAACGGAGAGAUCAAAUGGUCCGGUCGUGCAACCAGCUGCCUCAAUGUGAACGCUCCAACAAACCAUCACCCUCCAUUGUCGUCCUAUCACUCCUCGUCCUCUUCCCACCAUCUUUUCUCUCUUUCGUCUGAUGAAACCAAAGUCCAAGCUUCCAUUGUCAACCAAGCACCCAACGGGCCCAAUCCCGCCUCUAGCACCUCUAUGCUUUGGGCUGUCCCUCCACCUGCUGUCGUCCGACGCUGCUUCAGCUCUCUGGAUGUGUCCAAGCCGCCUCGGUCUGUGUUGCAGCUCAAACUGCCUGUUUCUGUGGCAGCCAGUAACUUCCAGCUCCCCCCACCUAAGCCUGAGCACAGUUUUCUCCAACCUCAGUGUGAGCGUGUGGCCAUAGAGGCUCUGCAGCUUUGCACACUCCUCCUGCCCCCUGCGUCCCGCAGGAAGCUGCAGCUCCUCAUGAGGAUGAUGUCCCGCAUCAGCCAGAACGUGGACAUGCCUCGCCUCCACCCAGCCAUCGGCACUCGAACCCUGAUGGUUCACACAUUUUCAGGUUGUAUCCUGAGCAGUAUUGAGGAGUGUGACCUGGAUGAGCUGCUGGCAACCCGAUUGGUGUCGUUUCUCAUGGACCAUCAGCAAAGCAUCCUCUCAGUCCCAGAAUACCUGCUCAUUGCCAUCCGGGACCAUGUAGAGUACCUGCGGACUGUUCAGGUCCCUGUUGACCAACGUCCAGACGCUGAUGGCGGUGACCCAGUCUGCGUUCCAAUGCCAGUAUAUGCGUUUUGCAAACAAAUAAGUGGUGCUGAGUUUGAACAGCAAAAAGCAGAGUCCUCCCAGAAGGCCAUGGAGGAGCUGCUAGAGAUCCUGCUGACCGACCAAAACAUAAAUGAGAAGGACAGACGAAAGAAGCUAAAGCAGUUUCAGAAGCAGUACCCGGACAUCUACAGGCGUCGAUUCCCUUCCCCUGCUGAACAGGGAAAAACAGAAAACAAGCCAAAGAUCAAACCUCCUCUGCUCAAUAUCAAGAAAGCCAAAACAUUCAGCAUCAGGAACUGAAACAUCUUGGAUGCUGUCCUGUUGGUCGCAUCAUGUCGGCUGCACUGAUCUUUUUUUGAACGGCGACACCUGUAGGAAUAAAACUGUUACAUUAGACGUGCAAAUAUUCCAUUAAUAUCUGUUUUUUUUUUAUGUUAGUACAAGCUGUAGUUGGAGGUUUUAUCAAACAUUAAACAAAUACAUCAAUGUUGCCAUCUUGGAUAAAGGCAGCUGGAUAGAUUAAGAGUUCUCUGUUUUUUUUUUUUGUU